AUGAGUUACGAAGCUCGGAAUCUAAAAGGAUAUUGUCAUAAAGAUUUUCAUAGUGGAAAUAUAUUGCAAUCUGAACAUGUUUCUUACGUUUCAGAUUUUGGAUUAUCAGGACCAGCAGAUAAGCAAAAUUCAAAUGACAAAAUAUAUGGAGUAUUACCAUAUAUCGCUCCAGAAGUUUUGAAUGGAGAAUUGUAUACCUUAUCUUCUGAUAUCUACAGCUUUGGUGUAAUUAUGGCUGAAUAUUCAACCGGAAAUCCUCCCUUUUAUGAUAAAAAUCAUGAUGUGUCUUUAGCCUUAGAUAUUUGUAAUGGACUUCGUCCUGAAUUUGGAAAAGGAACUCCUGAAUUUUAUAAGAAAUUAGCUUAUAGGUGUAUGAAUGCAAAUCCAAAUCAACGACCAACGUCCGAUGAAUUAAAUAGCGUUGCUAUCCCGGCCGCUACCACGGCAAAGAAAUACCAGAGUCUUUUAUAUUCGAAUAGUUAG